UUACAGUGUCAUCAUCAACCUGUAUACCCUGAUUCACCCUAUCAAACGCUCUCACAGAAAAUCACACAGCUCCAACACUGGUCUCUCUCUGGAGUCUUUGAAGCUGUAAUACCCUAUCCUAAUUCUUCAACGGAAAUCACUGUCCCAAACCACAGCAUCACCACGUUUCUGCCUCUGCUCUCGCAUCAAUGAGCCAAUUUUUGGCAGUGGAUUCAGAUGAGGGAGCUGAGGCAGUGGAGAGUUCUGCUGUACAAGAGUUAGGGACAUAUGAAGGAGAUGCGAUUGUAGAACCGUAUGAGGGUAUGGCAUUUGAUUCUGAAGAUGCUGCCAAGAUAUUCUAUGAUGAGUAUGCGAGGCAGGUGGGGUUUGUCAUGCGUGUCAUGUCUUGUCGCCGUUCUGAAAGAGAUGGAAGAAUUCUUGCCCGUCGACUUGGGUGUAAUAAGGAAGGUCACUGUGUUAGUAUUCGAGGUAAAUUCGGGCCAGUUCGAAAGCCUCGACCCAGCACAAGGGAAGGUUGCAAGGCUAUGAUUCAUGUUAAGUAUGAUAAGUCUGGAAAAUGGGUGAUUACUAAAUUUGUAAAGGACCAUAAUCACCCCCUUGUGUUCUCGCCUCGUGAAGCUCGUCAAACAAUGGAUGAAAAGGAUAAGAAGAUUCAGGAAUUGACUGCAGAGCUGCGGAAUAAGAAACGGCUAUGCACUACAUAUCAAGAACAGCUUGCUGCAUUUAUAAAAAUUGUUGAAGAACACAGCGAUCAGCUAUCCAAGAAAGUUCAAAAUGUAGUUAGCAAUCUUAAAGAAUUUGAAUCCAUGGACCAGGAUCUCUUACAACAUAGAUAGCCUUAGUCUUUUACGGGGCAUGGAUUUAGUGAUGUUUCUGUGAGGAGUAAAGAAGUGAAACUCGAAAGAAUAGGGUCGAGUAGGUGAUGUUAAUCGUUAAUUUAUCAAUGCAAGUGCAGGAAAGAAAGAUUGUGGCUACAGACAUGCAGAAGCACAUUGUUUACUGUGUACAUGCUAAUGGUGGAGUUGGUAGCAGCAAUUGCCAAGACGUUGGUGAAGCCCAACAUUGACUAGCUACAUUAACAACUUGCAAGAAAGCUCAGCUGGAACUGGGAACAUGAAGGUUGACAUUUUCAAGUCCCAGCAAGUGAGGUUCUUAACUGUGAUUAGAUUGGCGGGAAGGGACAUUGUGGAUGGAACUCACUUGAGUGCAAAGCAAAUAGAUUUGCUUGUAAUUUUUUAUUUUUUUUACAACGAAAGAAUCUUAUUUGUGCUAAUGAAAUCUGAUUGUUACCAUAA